UCUGUGGACUGCUGGAACAACAGAUUUCACCAUCUUUUUCGGCUGAUAAGUCUCAGAUUUGGCAACAGCUUCAGCACUAACCUCAGUUCCCUGAUUUCAACAACUAUCUCGUUUUUAUCCUAGCACGAGCUGAGUUUAUGCAGGGUAAAUCAGUAGAGAUUCGACAAGUUGCUGGUUUGCUUCUGAAAAAUAAUCUAAGAACUGCUUAUAAGAUAAUGGCUCAUGCACACCAACAAUAAAUCAAAACAGAGUUAUUGCCCUGUUUAGGAGCUGCAGAUAAACACAUUAGGUCAACUGUUGGGAAUAUUAUAACUGUGGUUGUUCAACUAGGGGGAAUUGUGGGAUGUCCUGAGUUAUUGCAAGCUUUUGUAAAUUGUUUGGAUAGCAAUGACAUAAACCACAUGGAAGGUGCUAUGGAUGCAGUGUCAAAGAUUUGUGAGGAUAUACCUCAAGUGCUGGAUUCAGAUGUGCCUGGGUUAGCUGAAAGGCCUAUCAACAUAUUCCUUACUCGGUUAUUUCAGUUUUUUCAAUCUCCCCAUGCUUCUCUGAGAAAGCUGUCAUUGGGUUUUGUAAACCAAUAUAUCAUGUUGAUGCCUUCUGCUUUAUAUACAUACAUGGAUAAAUACCUUAAUGGUUUGUUUGGCCUUGCUAAUGACCCUGCAGCAGAAGUGCGGAAAUUGGUGAAUAGUUUCUCCUUUCUCUUGUAUUAUUAUUGUAUUUAUAACCUAAUAUUUUGCAUGUAAUACUCUACUGUGAAUAUUUCCUAAUUUUCCUUAUAAUUUA